AUGGCCGCCUCCCACCACCUAAUCCUCCUAGUCCUCUGCCUCACCGCCGCCGCGGCCUCCGCCCACAACAUCACGGCCAUCCUGGACGGGCGCUCCGAGUACACGCUGUACAACAGCUACCUCUCCGAGACCAAGGUGUGCGACGAGAUCAACAGCCGGAGCUCGGUCACCGUCCUCGUCCUCACCAACGGCGCCAUGUCCUCCCUCGUCGCCAACCUCUCCCUCGCCGACAUCAAGAACGCGCUCCGCCUCCUCACCCUCCUCGACUACUUCGACGAGAAGAAGCUGCACUCCAUCGGCUCCAGCUCCCAGCUCACCACCUCGCUCUACCAGACCACGGGCCAGGCCGCAGGCGACAUGGGCCACGUCAACAUCACCGACCUCCGCGGCGGCAAGGUCGCCUUCGCCUCCGCCGCGCCCGGCGCCAAGUUCCAGUCCACCUACACCAAGCGCGUCGCCGACUUCCCGUCCAACCUCUCCGUCCUCGAGGUGUCCGACCCCAUCACCUUCCCUGGCCUCUUCGGCGCCCCGUCGGCGUCGUCCGCCAAUCUCACCGACCUCCUCGAGAAGGCCGGGUGCAAGCAGUUUGCGCGCCUCAUCGUGUCGUCCGGGGUGGUCAAGACGUACCAGGCCGCCAUGGACAAAGCGCUUACCCUGUUCGCACCCAACGACGACGCCUUCAAGGCCAAGGACCUCCCCGAUCUGAGCAAGCUCACCAGCGCCGACCUCGUCGCGCUACUGCAGUACCACGCGCUGCCGCAGUACGCGCCCAAGGCGUCGCUCAAGGUCGCCAGCGGCCGCAUCCCGACCCUCGCCUCCACCGGCGCGGGGAAGUACGACCUCACCGUCUCCUCCAGCGGCGACGAAGUGUCGCUGGACACCGGCGUGGACAAGUCCCGCGUCGCGUCCACCGUGCUUGACGACCCCCCGAUGGUCAUCCUCACGGUCGACAGCGUGCUGCUCCCGCACGUGAUCUUCGGCGGCGCGCCGUCCCCCGCGCCGGCGCCCGGACCGGCCGCCGACGUCCCCGCUUCGGCCCCGGCUCCCGAAGGCUCCGCACCGGCUCCCGCUCCCAAGGCCGCCGGCAAGAAGAAGAAGAAGAAGGCCAAGUCCCCUUCGCACUCCCCGCCCGCGCCCCCGGCGGACUCGCCCGACUUGGCCCCAGCCGACGCGCCAGCGGAUGACGCCGCGGACAAGGUCGAAUCCAAGAAGAACGGCGCCGCCGCAGCGGCCGUGAGCUUCGCGGCCUCGGUGGCCUCUGUCGCCCUGGUCGUCGCGUUCCUCCUGUGA